CUCGCGUCGGGGCCGCGGCGCUGGGGGCGCUGCCUCGGGGAAGGAGACUCAGUCCGAGAGAUGCCAAGUUCCUGCAGUCUCUCUGAAGUCCGGCAGAACACAGCUUCAUUGGAGGAGGCAUGGAUGAGGGGGUGACAGAGGAUGCCGCCCACAUCUGAAGCCUCCGGAGGAUCCUGACCUGGCAGCUGAGCACCGCUCGGAUGUGGGACUUCAGGUAUAACUCGGUGUGGAGCUCAUGAAAAGUACUUGGGUUUCUCCAGCCCUCUUCACCAAUCAAUGUUCACUGGGCUGGUUUGGAUAUCAGAAUCUGAGUGGAGCUGACAGAGGUAGGAAAAAACCUCUAGAAGCCUCCAGAAGCAAUUGUCUGGACCCCUCCAAACUGGUUGGGCAACAGAGAGCAGGUAGCAAGCUGCCGGAGGCUGUGAUUCAGCUGAGCUUUGGACUAUCGUAAGGAAUCUAGCUCAGCAACAGCGCCACAUUUCAGCCAAAGGAACGUCUUUGAACGAAGGAUUUAAAGGGGAGAGUUUCUGCUGCUUUACUGUGAUCCAUUGUGACAGAAAACAUUAUGUUCACCUAGAGAAAAGCACUGUUUUUUCUUUCAAGAGUCUGUAUUUGCAAGAAGCAUGAGCCAUCCUAAGCUUUGGGAUGGGCUCGGGAUAUGGAGGAGGUGGUGGACAGCUCUCCCCGUGCAGGUUCAGAAAACAGCCUGAGCCUCCAACUUCUGCAGCUUGGCGGGUAUGGACAUAGGCCACUCCCGGCUCCAGAGAGCUGGUGGCUGCAAAAUCACCAGGAGAAGCAGCAUCUCUCUGCUUUGGGACUUGACAGAAUGAAGUGUGCUGGGGAAGCCACUACCUGGGACGUGGACUUUCCUGUCUGCCCCUUCGUCGCACGGGCAGCCCCUGACCACUGAGCCAACAAUGGCUGAGAAGGGCGACUCCAUUGCCAGUGUCUAUGGGUAUGACCUUGGUGGACGCUUCAUUGACUUCCAACCCCUGGGCUUCGGUGUCAAUGGGCUGGUGCUGUCGGCCGUGGACAGCAGGGCCUGCCGGAAGGUGGCCGUGAAAAAGAUCACCCUGAGCGAUGCCCGCAGCAUGAAGCAUGCGCUCCGGGAGAUCAAGAUCAUCCGGCGCCUGGACCAUGACAACAUCGUGAAAGUGUACGAGGUGCUGGGGCCCAAGGGCACCGACCUGCAGGGUGAGCUGUUUAAGUUCAGCGUGGCCUACAUCGUCCAGGAAUACAUGGAGACUGACCUGGCCCGCCUGCUGGAGCAGGGCACGCUGACGGAGGAGCACGCCAAGCUGUUCAUGUACCAGCUGCUCCGCGGGCUCAAGUACAUCCACUCGGCCAACGUGCUACACAGGGACCUGAAGCCUGCCAACAUCUUCAUCAGCACAGAGGACCUUGUGCUCAAGAUUGGGGACUUCGGAUUGGCGAGGAUCGUCGAUCAGCAUUAUUCACACAAGGGUUAUCUGUCUGAAGGCUUGGUAACAAAGUGGUACCGCUCACCGCGCCUGCUCCUGUCCCCUAACAACUACACCAAAGCCAUCGACAUGUGGGCCGCUGGCUGCAUCCUGGCGGAGAUGCUGACAGGCAGGAUGCUCUUUGCAGGGGCUCACGAGCUGGAGCAGAUGCAGCUCAUCCUCGAGACCAUCCCUGUGAUCCGGGAGGAGGACAAGGACGAGCUGCUCAGGGUGAUGCCGUCCUUCGUCAGCAGCACCUGGGAGGUGAAGAGGCCACUGCGCAAGCUGCUCCCCGAAGUGAACAGCGAAGCCAUUGACUUUCUGGAGAAAAUCCUGACCUUUAACCCCAUGGAUCGUCUGACAGCCGAGAUGGCGCUGCAGCACCCCUACAUGAGCCCUUACUCCUGCCCCGAGGACGAGCCCACCUCGCAGCACCCCUUCCGCAUUGAGGAUGAGAUUGACGACAUCCUGCUGAUGGCCGCCAACCAGAGCCAGCUCUCCAACUGGGACAGGUACCCGGUGAGCCUGUCGUCGGACCUAGAGUGGCGACCUGAUCGGUGCCAGGACGUGAGCGAGGUGCAGCGCGACCCGCGCGCGGGCUCCGCGCCCCUGGCCGAGGACGUGCAGGUGGACCCGGGCAAGGACUCGCAGAGCAGCUCCGAGCGCUUCUUGGAGCAGUCACACUCGUCCAUGGAGCGCGCCUUCGAGGCCGACUACGGGCGCUCCUGCGACUACAAGGUGGGGUCGCCCUCCUACCUGGACAAGCUGCUGUGGCGCGACAACAAGCCUCACCACUACUCGGAGCCCAAGCUCAUCCUGGACCUGUCGCACUGGAAGCAGGCGGCCGGCGCGCCCCGCGCCGCGGUGGCGGCCGAGCCCGGCGCGCGCGAGGAGGAGCCGGCCAGCCUCUUCCUAGAGAUCGCGCAGUGGGUCAAGAGCACGCAGGGCGGCCCGGAGCGCGCCAGCCCGCCCCCGGACGGCCCGGAGCACCGCCUGUCAGCCUCUCCGCCCGGCCGCCUGGCCCCCAUCGACGGGGGCGCCAGCCCCCAGUUCGACCUGGACGUGUUCAUCUCCCGCGCCCUGAAACUGUGCACCAAGCCCGAAGACCUGCCGGACAAUAAACUGGGCGACCUCAACGGCGCGUGCAUCACUGAGCACCCUGGCGAUCUCGUGCAGACUGAGGCCUUUUCCAAAGAGAGGUGGUGAGGGUGGAGGGGGGCCGAGUGGAAGGCCUCCCGCGAAAAACCGGGCCUGACAGGAGGGGCCACCUGUCCCUGCACCUCCAGCACCCCUUCAGCCCUUCUCUGCUGCGUUGGCGCUAGCAGAAGACAGGAAGGAUCCGAGGAGCGAGAGGAAUGUCCAUUUCUUAAACUGCCUUAAUAACUAGCCUUUAACCUCUGGGAGAGGGUCUGAACAGGAGCCUAGUUGGGGAUUGGUCACUUUCCCAGCAAAGAGGAGGUUCGUGAUGGGUGGUGCCCAGGGAAGAAAUGAGUGUUAGACUGCAGUGCCCUCCCUGCAGGGGUGUCUGGGUGCAGAGGAAUCUUGCAGGCAUAGUGUUGAAAUGCCCUGGCCCACCCAGCCUCCACUGAGACAUAAGGAAGUUCAGUGAGGGCCAGGGAUGCAAAUAAGACUCUUAAUCAGGAUGGGCCAGCCUUGAACUCUAGCCUCCGGGCCCCAAGGCACUGUCUGUCCACUACCUAAAGCCUUCCCCUGGUGGUUCUGGCACAACACUUGGUCUAAGAACGUUUCUUCCCCGUCCAUUACCGUCUGACCCAUUCGAUGUCUUUCAGUUCAGAGCACUUGGAAACAGCCGGUUUCCUUCCCCCUAGUCACCAAGCCUGUUUCCCCCCCAAACCCCACCC